AGUGGGAUCCUUAUGAAUCGACAAUGAAACAUGAUUUUGUCUUUAAAUCUACAACAGACCCUGAAGCAGAUUGUGCUAGAGCAGGGACAGGACACGUCAUUCCCUUUCAAGUAGAUGAACCAACUGCAAAAAGUAUCUACAGAGAUGAAUUCUGCUGGAAGCCAUAUUCCAAGGCAGAGCCUAUAACGAACGGGUUUGUGACAGUGAAGGACAGGAACAAUCCUCAGCCUGGAGAACGUUUCCUGAUAUGGCAACUGCCUCGAGAAGAAGCAGCAUUACCUACAGAUAGCUUUUCACCAUGGACAAAACCUUUUAGUAAACAAGAUUUGGAGGAGGUACUAAAGAAGCAGUACAAAACAGUAUACACAAGAGAUUAUUUAGGAAUACAGCCAGGUGCUCCAAGGGAUGAUGUUGCUCUCCCUCCAGAUUGGAAAACAUUACUGCCAAAGCCGCCAGAUACUGAAGUCAGGCGCCAUUAUCAGCCACAAAUCUGUGCACCUGAAUUAAUGGACUUCACUUGGAAAUACGGAUGUAAUGCAAAACGUAAAAUUCCGGUCAAAGGUGCUGUGCCUUCAAUGACAAUUGCUCAGAUCUGGAAUCACGAACAUAGCAAACAUCUGUCCACCUAUCAGAAGGAUUUUGGAAAUGAUUAUCUUGAUAUCCUAUCAGUUCUGAAUUCUGUAGAUCCAGAAGAAAUUAAAGAAUAUGUGGAAAGAGCUCCUAAGCCAGAAAAAAAAAUCCUUCAGAAUUUUCUUGAUAGAGUCAGUGGAGACAAAAUAUUACAAAGACCUUCCUCAUCAAAGAAGUCAGAAGAAAAUCCAAUCAAAUGCAUCUGA